AUGGCUAAGGCUGACACAUUUUCUCUUCUCUAUUUUUUGUUGCUUUCAGUCCUUCUUUACAUUGUGUACAUGGGAGGUAGGCCACAAGAACACGCAUUUGCGGCAAACAAACAUUACACGAUGCUGCAUAAAUCACUCGGAAGUGCCUCAUCAGCCAAAGACUCGCUAGUGUACAGUUACUGGAGAAGUUUUAACGGCUUCGCAGCCAGGCUGACAGAGGUGGAAGCUGCACGGAUUUCAGAAAUGGAAGGAGUGAUCUCGGUAAAACCAAGCCGUAAAUACAAGCUUCACACGACCAGGUCGUGGGACUUCAUGAAUCUCACCGUGAACCAACUUGGACCUUCCACCAACUCUGAUGUCAUCAUUGGCUUUCUCGACUCCGGAGUCUGGCCCGAGCACCCGAGUUUCAACGACAAAGGUUUCGGCCCUCCACCGGCCAAAUGGAACGGCACCUGCACAACCCACAACUUCACCUGCAAUAACAAGAUCAUCGGGGCCCGUUACUACAACAGCUACGACCUCUACCUCUUGGGAGAAAUGCCGUCCCCACGGGACACCGACGGGCACGGGACCCACACAGCAUCCACUGCCUCAGGAGUCCAGGUGGACAGUGCAAACUUCUUCGGGCUGGGCCAGGGCAAGGCCAGGGGCAUUUCGGGCUCAAGGAUAGCGGUCUACAAAGUCUGCUGGGCCGGGAUUGGGUGUGACUCAGCUAGCAUCCUCAAGGCCUUUGAUGAUGCGAUUGCAGAUGGGGUCGACAUCAUCUCGGUUUCGCUAGGGUCGGAUGAACAGUUUGAUUACUCGGACGACCCAAUAGCCAUCGGGUCUUUCCACGCGAUGAGGAAUGGAAUACUGACGUCGGGCUCGGCUGGGAAUGAUGGCCCGAAACUUAAAACGGUCACCAACUCUGCCCCGUGGAUGCUCACCGUUGGUGCCAGCUCGAUCGACAGGAAGUUUGUGGCGCGCGUGGAGCUAGGAAACGGUCAAUACUUCUACGGGAUUGCUAUCAAUGUGUUCGAUGACAACGGGACUACGUACCCGCUAAUAUGGGGAGGGGAUGUGGCAAACUACACGAGCGGAUACUAUCCCAGGAAUUCUAGGAAGUGCAUAGCCGGCACUAUGAAUGCGGAUCAAGUGUAUGGAAAAAUUGUGUACUGCGAAAGCAUGGAUUUCUCGGGGGUUAUGUACGCGAAUGGUGCUGGAAUUAUCAUGACUGACAUGUCCUCGGCCUACCGGGACAUUGCCUUCAGCUGGCCAUUGCCAACCACAGUGGUCGACACACGAGAUGGAGACAGAGUUCUCGAAUACAUCAGAGUCACAAACAAACCAGAGGCGACUAUUUUCUACAGUGACGAGUGGAAAGACCCGAUGGCUCCAAUCGUUGCUUCGUUUUCUUCCAGAGGGCCCAGCCUAAUUUCCCCUGACAUUCUCAAGCCUGACGUGACAGCCCCGGGAUUGGACAUUCUAGCUGGGUGGUCCCCUUUUGGCUACGAUGUUGACGACCAAAGCAGCAUGCUCUUCAAUAUCGUCUCGGGUACAUCCAUGUCGUGCCCUCACGCCAGUGGUGCUGCUGCCUAUGUCAAAGCAGUUCAUCCCGACUGGUCACCUGCCGCCAUCAAGUCAGCCCUCAUGACAACAGCUUCGGUCAUGGACCGAAAGAAACAUGAGGAUCUCGAAUUAGCAUAUGGAUCGGGCCACAUCGAACCCGUCGCUGCACUUGAUCCGGGACUUGUGUUCAAUGCAUCAGAAGCCGACUACAUCGACUUCCUGUGUGGACACGGCUACAACACCACCACUCUCAGGCGAAUCACGGGUGACAAUAGCACUUGUGCCGGCACAAGGGGACGGGAUCUCAACUACCCCUCAUUCUCCUUGUACGUCCAAGAUGGCCAAACCAUCAAGAAAACCUUCACCGGAAAGGUGACUAAUGUUUGUGCGCGAAACUCGACCUACACCGCCAGCUGGCACGUACCUGCAUCAUCCAUCAGUGUGACGGUCGAGCCGUCCAUUCUCACCUUUUCGGAUUAUAGGGAUAACAAGACAUUCACGGUUAGUGUCUCGGGGCCCGCCAUCUGGCAGCAGCCGAUCAUGUCGGGAGCGAUCAUGUGGACGGACGGGGCCCACGUGGGUGCUCCUAACAAUCUCGGGGUAGCUCAGUCCAUGAGGGUCCCAGCCCGCCAGAAGUCCUUGAUUUAUCAGAAGAUUGAAAAAAAAGGGAAGCAAGUGAAGUCCUGUGGGUGA